AUGAUUACCGGAUUACAAUAUCCACCUACCAGGAAUUCUGCAAUGACUCGUAUCGUGUAUAAAAGUUCACAGUAUUCAUUUGAAAUGACAUUUGAAAAUCUGUGCCAAUAAUGAAUCGGAACGACACAGCCGCGCGCAUUGCGCACGUCUUCAGUGGAACGUUUGUGCACUCCACACCACGAGCUGCGGUGGAAAUACUGCAGAACUGUGUCUUAGGAGUCGACGAUGAGGGCAAGAUUGCAUUUAUUGAAAAUGAUCAAGAUGUGGUCAGUCUUUCAAAAAUAUGGGGCUUUGUAACUUCAGACAUAAAACAGCUUGGACGAUAUGAGUUUCUUAUGCCUGGAAUGGUUGAUACACACAUCCAUGCGUCUCAGUAUAGCUAUACUGGAACUGCCUUAGACCUGCCUCUGCUGGAGUGGCUCAACACUUACACUUUCCCUGUGGAAGCCAAGUAUAAAGACUUGGAUUUUGCCAGUAAUGUCUAUACUAAAGUCGUGAGAAGAACCUUAAAGAACGGCACCACUACUGCUUGUUAUUUUGCCACAAUACACACUGAUGCCUCUCUUCUGCUUGGAGAGCUUGCAGAUAAGUUUGGACAAAGAGCUUUAGUGGGUAAAGUUUGCAUGGACUGCAAUUCUGCAGUUCCACAGUACAAAGAAAGUCCAAGUGAAUGUAAAGAGGAGACCAAUCGUUUCAUCAAAGAGCUUCUCAAAAAGGAGUACCCAAAUGUUAAGCCUGUGGUCACUCCUCGAUUCGCUCCGUCCUGUUCCUCCUCACUGCUCAGUGAAUUAGGUGAGAUCGCCAAUAACAACAAGCUUCACAUUCAGAGUCACAUCAGUGAGAACAAAGAGGAAGUGGAGCUUGUCAAGACAUUGUUCCCAGGCUGCAAAUCCUACACUGAUGUUUACCUCAAGCACAACCUGCUUACAGACAGGACUGUAAUGGCCCAUGGCUGUCACCUAACUGAUGAAGAACUGGAGAUCUUUCUUGAAACAGGAUCUGCAAUCUCUCACUGUCCUAACAGUAAUAUUUCGAUUUGCAGUGGGAUGCUAAAUGUGCGCAAUGUCUUGAACCACAAAGUGAAAUUGGGUUUGGGGACAGAUGUAGCAGGAGGCUACUCUCCAUCCAUGCUAGAUGCUAUGAGAAGAACUCUCGACACGUCCAAAGCCCUGACCAUCCAGGACCCUCAGCAUAAGACUCUUUGCUUUGAGGAGGUUUUCAGAUUGGCUACACUUGGAGGCAGCGAAGCCCUCUCACUAGAUGAUCAGAUCGGAAACUUUGUGGUAGGCAAGGACUUUGAUGCCCUGCGAGUGAAUGUUUGCAUUCCUGAUGGACCGAUCGAUUUGUUUCCUGGUGAAGGCCCCAAGGUCAUUUUGGAGAAGUUUUUAAAUUUAGGUGAUGAUCGAAAUAUAACUGAAGUCUAUGUGGCUGGAAGACAAGUGGUUCCAUUUCCAGAUACAUAAUUACUCUCUGGCUGUUUUUACCAGAAAUUUUUUUUUUUUACAGUGUAGUUUUUUUUUUUUUUUAAAGGAUGUUAUAGACGUAUAUUAUUAAGUUAACAUAUUGUUAAAUGUCUUUAUUUAGGAAAUAAUGUUUAUUUAAAUUUUACCACAUGAUUUAAAGAUUUGUCUAAUGCUCAAAUAGAUUUAUUUUCAAUUUCAUUAAAUUUUUGUCUUCUAUUUACUAUUCGUGUUGAUCAUGAAAAAAAAAUGUGACAGAAUAUAUUUUAUAUUAAUCAAUGACAA